AUGAGGGGGAACUUAAUUACCGGGAUGGACAAAAUUACGGGGGACGGCUGCAACGAUCCCAGCAAUGAAGCAAAUAAGAAAGAACCCACUUUGGCUAUUGACCGCUGGAUGCAUCAGAGCGGUGCGCAGAAUAUUGUUAACAACCUCCUCGUCGACAUUGUUAUUAACCGUCCAAAAAAUGUCAUGGAGUUCAUUCAUACGUGGAGUGCCCCACCAAUGGCACAGUUUGGCCUUAGCCGUACGUGUAGUGCCGUUUUGCCAUUUGAUACGAUGGCGAGGGGCCGUGACGAAUAUAAAAGAGGUGAAGCCGUUACAAAUGAAGGAGGAGACGAGGCUCCUUUGGGGGGAAGCAGCGGUCCGAGAACUGACGACGACAGUAAAUUUGAUCUCCAGCGAGAGAUCGAACCGACUCCGUCGCAAUUGUUGCAAAUGUUCCCCGAAGAGGAAAGUUCACCGUAUGAAUUUUUAAAAAGUGACCAAGAGCUUGAAUCGUGUUUCAGUCUGAGGCAACUGUCGUCUACGUGUGGCAGCAGCUUCACAGGUUACAUAGGUCGCGGAAACUAUGGGAUUGUCGUCCCUGCCAAACGGAAGUCAGUUGUGGAAGUGGAUGGCGUAUGCGCUGAUAGCACUGCUACAAGUCGUAAUCAGGGUUCCGACUGUGUGCUAUGGAAUGGGACUCCCACGGGCGCAUCCAUUAAGGCCCGCCGUGUUGCCAUUAAGAUUAGUCGCGUUCAGGGAAAGUGGACUCUUGAUGAAAGUUGUGCCCUUCAGACGGUAACUAGUGCAACUCAUCGACUUGAAACUGAUGUGCGGACUGUGGAAAGAGAGUUGGAGCAGCUUAAACGACAAGCAGCAGGAGUAUCGGAGGAAUGCACGGAGGGCGAUGAGAGCGAGCUUUCACAUAUCAAGAACAACAUAACGGAGUUAGAAGGGCGUCUGCAUGUCCUGCGUACCUUUCUGACGGGCUCACUUUUUGUAGUAAAGCUCGUUGGCAGCGUAAUGUACAGCAUCAAGCGGGAUGCGUUGCUUUUCCCGCUAGAACUCUAUCCCACUUCUCUAGGCGACUGUAUUAAUAAGCGCAGCGAGAUUUAUAAAGUUUCAUCCGCAACGGGGUGCCCCUUCCCUUCCCAUGAUGGCACGGGAGGUACUGGCGCUACGCCUCGGACGCUGUUUACUGUGCGAGAGGUCCAGCACGUAGCGUGGAGCAUAUGUCAUGCGCUUUACUUUCUCAACAAUGUGUGCAACUUGUGCCAUCUUGAUGUGAAGGCGGAGAAUAUCCUCCUAUCCAAACCAUGGCCAUUUGGUGAUGCAGGCGCUGAGAGCCUUCUUUCAUCACCCCUAACACUUAAACAGGUUUUGGUGGAGGAUUUUUCCUUUCCGCGUGUUGUGCUGACUGACCUUGGCCUCGCGCAGCGUCUCGGAUCGCCCAUUUCCCAACUUGGCGACUUCAGUACAAUGGCGCCUGAGGUGUAUUGGGCAUCUGCCAGUGCUGAACCCAGAUAUGAAGCCAACCGUGUUGCAACUUUCGCCGCCUCCUGCGAUAUGUGGAGUGUAGGUUGUGUCCUUUUGAGAAUGCUUAAUGGGCUUGAGUACGCAGUGUGGGAUCCAGCCGCUACGUUUAUGGCCAUGGAGGAGAAUUUUUUGUCCCCAGCAUUGCGGCAUCCGGAGGCAUGGCCUUCAGUGUUAAAUGAUUUUGUUAUGCGCUGUUUCGAGCGAGACCCGAGGCAACGUAUGACGGCAGCCAGUGCACUUUGCCAUCCGUUCUUUAAUCUUGAUGUGAGUUCUUAG